AUGAUCUCGUCCACCAAUAACCCCAAAACAGUCCUAAUAACCGGCUGCAGCUCUGGUGGCAUCGGAUCAGCCUUAGCAGAAACCUUCACAGAACGAGGCCUCCACGUCUUCGCAACAGCCCGCACCCUGUCGAAGAUGACACGUCUAGAGAAACGCCCGAACAUCACCCUCUUAGAGCUAGAUGUGACGUCCGCCUCUAGUAUCCAUGCUGCUGUGGAGACAGUCACGGCGAUUACCGGAGGAAAGCUCGAUUAUCUAGUCAACAAUUCAGGCCAAUCUUGCGUUCGGCCGGCUCUUGAUACGGAUCUGGAACAGGCGAAGAAACUAUUCGAUGUCAACUUUUGGGGAGCGGUUGAUACUAUUCAUGCUUUUGCGCCGUUGGUUAUUAUCUCACGGGGAACUAUUGUAAAUGUGGGUUCUAUUGCUUCGGUGUUGAAUGUGCCGUGGGGAUCUUUUUACAACGCAUCAAAGGCCGCAAUCCAAGCCUACGGCGAAUCCCUUCGUCUAGAAAUGGCACCUCUAAACGUAAAAGUCACCACCGUCAUGACCGGAGUCGUCGCAACGAACAUAUUCGCCAACCAUCCAGACCCCAAACUCCCCGAGGAUUCGUACUGGAAGCCCGCUCCAAAGAGAUCAGUGCCAUGA